UGUUCGGACCCGCCAGCUCCCGGAGCCGCUCAGCCUGGCGCCCGCGCCCCGCGCCCGCAGCCCGCCCAGGCGGAGUCAGCCCGCGCUCCGCCCGCCGCGCUUCGGGCUCGGAGGUCCGGACUCCGGGCUCGCCGCCUGCCGGGCCGGCUCCGCGCCCCGCACUCCCGCGCCCCGCGCCCCCGCGGGCGGAGCGCACCAUGCCGCAGUUGGACUCGGGCGGGGGCGGCGCGGGCGGGGGCGACGACCUCGGCGCGCCAGACGAGCUGCUGGCCUUCCAGGACGAGGGCGAGGAGCAGGACGACAAGAGCCGCGACAGCGCCGCGGGCCCCGAGCGCGACCUGGCCGAGCUCAAGUCGUCGCUGGUCAAUGAGUCCGAGGGCGCGGCGGGCGGCGCGGGGGUCCCUGGGGCCGGUGCCGGGGCCCGCGGCGAGGCGGAGGUCGGGGCCGAGGCUCUCGGGCGGGAACACGCUUCGCAGAGACUUUUCCCCGACAAACUUCCAGAGUCUCUGGAAGACGGCCUGAAGGCCCCGGAGUGCGCCAGCGGCAUGUACAAAGACACCGUCUACUCGGCCUUCAAUCUGCUCAUGCACUACCCACCCCCUUCGGGAGCAGGGCAGCACCCCCCGCCGCAGCCCCCACUGCACAACAAGGCCAGUCAGCCAGCCCACAGCGUCCCACAGCUCUCUCCUCUCUAUGAACAUUUCAGCAGCCCACACCCUACACCUGCACCAGCCGACAUCAGCCAGAAGCAAGGAGUUCACAGGCCUCUGCAGACCCCUGACCUCUCUGGCUUCUACUCUCUGACCUCAGGCAGCAUGGGACAGCUUCCCCACACUGUGAGCUGGUUCACCCACCCAUCCCUGAUGCUAGGCUCCGGUGUGCCUGGUCACCCUGCAGCCAUCCCCCACCCGGCUAUCGUACCUCCCUCAGGCAAGCAGGAGCUGCAGCCAUAUGACCGUAGCCUGAAGACACAGGCAGAAUCCAAGGCAGAGAAAGAGGCCAAGAAGCCAACCAUCAAGAAGCCACUCAACGCCUUCAUGCUGUACAUGAAGGAGAUGAGAGCCAAGGUCAUUGCAGAGUGUACACUCAAGGAGAGUGCUGCCAUCAACCAGAUCCUGGGCCGCAGGUGGCACGCGCUGUCUCGGGAAGAGCAGGCCAAGUAUUAUGAGCUGGCCCGAAAAGAGAGGCAGCUGCACAUGCAGCUCUAUCCAGGCUGGUCGGCGCGGGACAACUAUGGGAAGAAAAAGAGGCGGUCACGAGAAAAGCACCAGGAGUCCAACACAGACCCUGGCUCGCCUAAGAAAUGCCGUGCUCGCUUUGGCCUCAACCAGCAGACGGAUUGGUGUGGUCCGUGCAGGAGGAAAAAGAAAUGCAUUCGGUACUUACCCGGAGAAGGCCGCUGCCCCAGCCCAGUUCCUUCCGAUGACAGUGCUCUAGGCUGCCCCGGGUCCCCAGCCCCCCAGGACUCGCCCUCAUACCUCCUGCUACCCCACUUUCCCACAGAACUGCUUGCUAGCCCUGCGGAGCGGCGCCUACAUCACCAGGUCUCUCGGCUGCUCUCAGCCUCCCAGCCCCCUGGACCCAACAGGCCCCCCACAGCGUCCUGCAGAGUACACAGCUGCAACGACAGGAAUCUCAGAGACAGGCAGCCUAGCAUGUACAGGACACGUGGCUGCCACCAGGGGCUCAUCCUCUGAGAGGAAGCGACAGAGCCCCAAAGCACGUGGGAACUGGCCAGAGGCCCUGUUACCUCCCUCUCAGGGACCGGGCCCAGGAGACUUCCGAGGCUGCACAACUUCUGCCUGAACCCCGGGGCCAUCAGUUCAAACUACGCCAAAUGGUGGGAAUCAGAUCUGCAUUGUGUCAUCUAAUUAAGGGCAUCCCUUGUGCCUACAGCAGCCUGCAUCUGUUCCUUUUACCCUCUAUCUUGCUGCCCAGAUGCCCCUGCCUCCCUUGCUUUUCUACUAUAGGUCACAGAUAGGCUGGACUAAGCCCAGCUGCUUUCCCCACCCUACACCUCCUUGGUCCCAUCACUGCCACACCCUCCCCAUACCACACACUUCAAGGACCAAGAAUGAGCUGGUUUACAAAACCACAUGUGAGCAUGGUCACAACCACAUGCUCAAGACAAUGAUGCUUCUCUUAACCUGGAGAAGCCCUGUUGACAGAAAAGGAGUUAUUCAUAAACUGGACCAGAGUAAGCCUUUUGCCGUGUCCUCAAGAGCUUACAAGACUAGGAGGAAAUGGAACAGGUUAAGUUUAGGCCUAUUACCACAGGCACUAGGAAUAACCUGACACUACCUUAUCAGGCAAGUAUGGGCAGUGAGAGGUAUCUGGCUCUAGUUCGUAUUACUUGGAUAUGUUUCCAAGAGCAACUCAACCUCCCAAGAAGCUCUGAUACCAAGGUCCCAUGCCUGUUACUAGUGACUGAACUCAAAAGAAAUUAUGGCCUCAAAUCCAGCAUGCAUCCCUCCCUUACACCAAGAGCCUCUGUCACAGUUCUAGCUCCUGCUUGUCCAGGUCAGUCUAGCCAGCUCUUGGGCAGUUUUAAGAGGGCAAACCAAACCUCAUGACCCCCAACGCUCACCUUACAGCACUGAAAUCGCUUCAGCUUCACUUUCCCGAAGGGGCUGCAGGAAGGAGGACCAUCAACAUCCAAGCAAGGAGCCCAGAGAACCUCUAGUGGUGGUCAGUGGGUUUUCACCACCACCUAGUUUAACCCAUUUCUGAGCCAAGCUUCAAGCCUGAGCCUUAAAAAACAAACUUUUAAUUUAACUUUUUUUGUCUCCUCCUCACUGUAUAUAGCCUGAACCCAAAGAAAAAGGGCUGUUCCUAUACCCACACACCCCUCAACAAAAGCCUUCAUAGUUCCUACUUUAGCCACUGGCUUCUCAGAAUCCAAAGAUCAUAUAUUCUAGUAUAGUGUUGCAAGAAGUCUUGAGAAAAAGGACUAUUGUAGUGUUCAAAAUAUUUUUGUAUUGUUAAUGCAUCAUACAAAAACUUUUUUUAACAUGAGAAUAAAGAUACUUUUUACUGGG